CUCGACGUCGUCGGCCUCCUCCGACCGACCUGAGAUUCAGCGGCGGCAUAUUUAUUGCUCUCUUUGUCUUGCUGAGACUCGACAGUGCAACACCCUGUACCCGUUCCAUACUUAGUGCUGCACAAUGACCUCUCCGAUCACCUGCCAUGUCCUCAACACGCUGUCCGGGACUCCUGCGUCCGGGCUCAAAGCCACAUUGACGCUGCUGUCGUCCAACAACGGCACGUCUGCCCAACCUGCUGUAAGCUUCGCUGCGGUCACAAAUGAAGAUGGACGCGUAAAAGAGUGGGAGAAAUCUGCCGGCAGGAGUGUGUCGGAUGUUAUGGAAGGGUACAGCCACGGAGAGCGAAUCGCUUGGAGCAUCAAGUUCGAGGUCGGUCCGUGGUAUGAAGAGAAGGGCGUCGAGAGCUUUUGGCCCGAGGUCGAAGUCAAAUUCUAUGUGAAAAAGGGCGAGCGACAUUACCAUGUGCCCGUAUUGGUCGGUCCAUGGACCUAUACAACCUACAGAGGAUCUUGAGGUGCAUCUCCGGACGCAGCAUGCUCGUUCUGUUUGUUGCACCGCCAAAUGGCCUCCACCUCGACCCCCGGUUUCUCACUUGACUCUCAGCAAUCGCCAACGCUGCUGUGUACCCCUCGAGAAUCGAACGCUCCGCAUUAGGCCCUGCAAGCGCCAAUGAACCUAGGGCGUUUGGCAUUUCUGCGGCGCAAGAGCUUAAAACCUAGAGUUGCCACGAAUCUCUAGUUCCACCGUACCCGCAUAUACAUACAAGGAUUCCCAAAAGGUUAACCGACCUGCAAGACUCUGACGAAUCCGAAUUCCAUUGCUCCAUGCUCGAAAAACCUGCAACCCGCAACUUCCCCAGUCCUCAUCCAGAGCGCUGCUGCGCUCGUCUAGGCAAUCAGCACGGCAGCGUUCCAGUGCGCGGCCUCGAGUCUCUGACUGGACCAUUUUGUGGCCCUCGUGACAGACCAGCAGACCAGCUGCGGGCCCCUUUCAGCUUUCUUUAGAGAGUCGAGCAUGUUGGUCGACAGAGAGGUCAUGUGGCCAUUUCUGAUGAAAAAAAACUUUUUUGCAGCAAGACGCUUUCCCGCCCAUUGUGACGAAUGGUCACCGAGACCGCUUGUAAUGGGAUGCAGAAGCAUGUGCGAGGUUGUGCCUCCGGCUUGCAUUGAUGGUGACAAUUUCGUUGAUGUCGCAGUCCUCGUCCUCCGUGCCGCUGCUGACCCUGUUGGACAUUCGCAUUGUCUGUUGCCUUUCAUAUUGUUCCGACUGGCGUUUGAGGUCUUCUAUCUGCUCCUGUGACCGGCCGUGAGCUUCUUGCUUGCCAUUCAUGCUAGCAACCGAGCUUACCUUGGUCAACUCUGGACCAUUGAUGAGGAAUCCCUCUCGGCCCUGUUUGAGAUCAGCUGGUGGCCUGUCGUCCGCGGGAAAGAGACCCUCAUACACGAUAUGAAUAUGGCCUCACGGUGGCAGAGGGCCCCAAGAAGUACUGCAGCUGUCGAAGCACAAUAUGCCGAGACAGGCCAUAGCCUGAUAUCCAGUAAUCCCGGGGCGGGCUCGUUGCUUGAGGCAUUGCGGGUGUGAGAAAGGAGGUGUAGUAGUGCCAAGCAGGCACAAAACGUAUAUGGGCGAUGGAAGAAAGCUGGCAAGAGGUAGGAGUUCGAAACCCAGGCCGACCUGACCUAUGUGGAUGGAGAUUGUGAAUUUGCUGCCAUGGUAGAGACCAAAAUACAGUCGAUGGUGAGAGCCUCGACCGAGAUAUAAGGCUUCGGAGGAGAGGGGGUACAGGGGGCAAAGUCGCCGCGGCCAAUAGCCUCUGUCUAGCGAUAUAGCCACGGAGAUUGGUCCCCCCAGCAUCUUCGUGCUUGGAGUCUGAAUUGCAAUCCAACUUGUCAUGCACCCUUCGACUAA